GUUUCCCAAAUAAACAAAAGAAGAAGUUGUUGUUUCUCGCCGGGACACUUCCUGUUCAGUACGAAGGAAGUGAGUAUAAUAUCCCAGUAUGCAUCUGGCUCCACGAGACGCACCCAUCAUCGAGGCCUCGCUGUUAUGUUUGCCCAUCGGUCUCCAUGGUGAUAAACCCGACCUGUCCCUGCGUGGACGCUGCCGGGAACAUCAGGCUGGACGCUCUCACAAACUGGGCUGAGGGCGUGUCCAACCUGUCACUACUCGUGUCAGAGAUGAGGCGGGCCUUCCAGAAGGAUACCCCCCUUUAUAGCAGGUGCCCUGUGCAAACUUCGCCCCCUGCAGGUGAACAGGUGUCAGCUGACAGCCUCCAAAGUCCCCUGCACAACUGCACCUCCUCCUCCCCGCAGGGUCGCCAACUUUCUGAAGUCACCUUCCAAAGUCCCGCCCACUCCAGCCAGCGUGAGCAGAGUGGGGAGGUGAGGGCAGCGAGGUCAUACACCGAUGAACUGCUGGGGAUUGACUUCAGUGCUCUGCCUCUCACCUCCAACCGCCACACCAACCCCUUCCUAAACUCCUCCUCAGGUACAGAACCCCUCAGCAGGAUGAUGGGUGAGCUGAGGCUAGAUGGAGACUCGUCUGCACGAUCUGUCCAAUCAGAAGCAGAGCGACGCCGUCCAGUUACGGGACGGCCAUCCGCCGCAGCACCCGAGCUACAGCAUCCUCAGAGAUCUCAGUUACAAGCGGACCAGGUGAGCCAGACUCUGGCGUCUCGGCAGCUUCUCCAGUCUGUGUCCCGGAUGGCGGCGCGGCUCCCUCCGGACCAGGCGGCGGUUUUUCUGUCUCUGAUGGCGAUGGAGGGGCGGAGCUUCAGUCUGGCUGAUGUCUUGGAGGCGGUCCAGAUCAACAGAGACUUCGCAUCAGCUCUCAGGUUCCUGAGCCACAGCUGCCCCAUCUGUCAAGAGCAGGUGUCUUUCAGCAAGAUCAUCACAAUGACGCACUGCUCCUGCUUCCUGUGUCAGACGUGCUUCAAGAUGUUCUUCACAACGGCCAUUAAGGAGCGCAAUGUCGAUCAGCUGGUCUGCCCUCAGUGUGGCCGACCGGAGGUCAGAGGUCAGGGCGGGCUGGAAGAGUCCAUGGACUACUUCAACCUGCUGGAUACACAGAUCCGCCACUUUCUGCCUGCCGACGUCCACGAGCUGUUCCAGAGGAAACUCAGAGACCGAGCUCUGCAGGAGAUGCCCAACUUCUGCUGGUGUGCUCACUGUUCAUUCGGGAUGCUGCACGAGGCCCAGCGCCUCAGGAUGGACUGUCCAAGCUGUAAGAAGAGCACCUGUUCUCAGUGCAGAUCACCUUGGUCCCCCGAGCAUCAGGGUCUGUCCUGUGAGCAGUUCCAAGUGUGGCAGCAGCAGAACCAGCCGGACCCUCACAGCACCUCCCAGCUGUACAGCAGCAUCGAGUGUCCAAACUGCCAGCUGGUCUUCAGCCUGUCCAAAGGGGGGUGUCUCCACUUCACCUGCAGUCAGUGCGGUCAUCAGUUCUGCGGCGGCUGCAGUCAGCACUUCGUUCUGGGCUCGGCCUGUGGCUUCUCUGCAGACUGUACGAGCAAAGGUCUUCAUGCUCACCACCCCAGAGACUGCCUGUACUACCUGAGGGACUGGAGCCUGACCCGCCUCCACCUGCUGCUGCAGCAUUACAGAGUGUCUCCCUCCUGGUUGGAACCGCCCAAGGUCAGCUCACCUGACACCGCUCUGCCAGCAUCCUGUCCAGUGCUGGAGCUGAGAGACGAUGGCAGCCAGAGGGAGGAGCCCUGUGGUCGACCUGCGUUACCUGAACACCGAGGAUACUGCCAGUCACACUAUAAGGAGCGUUUGGUGGAGCUGAUUAACCGUUACCGUGCUGACCCAGCGGUCCUCUUCAGUCUGGCAGAAAUAAAGGCGGAGCUUCAGCGUUGGCAUGUUACCGUUCCGACCAGAAAACCCGAGGAGCCAGAGCCACUCUACACUCAUCGCCUCCGCAUGCCAAUCACAGUGCAGAAUUCUGUCUCUCUGCAGACGCUGACCAAUUGCACUCCUCUCAGGAAACAGCGCUGCUCUCCGGUUAAACGCAUUAACAACCUCUGUCCUCUGCCCGUCACCGUGCCUGCUGGAGCCCCGCCCCCUCAUGUGCUGCUAAGCGAUUGACUCCACCCACUCCUAAAGUAUGACCUCCCACUACACCCAUCAGUUGUUAUGACAGGGCGGCCCUGUGUUUUGAUUGGCUCAGCACAAAUAUACUAAUUAGGGACCAAAUAUGAGCAGCCAAUCAGAGUUCAGCUAACAAGCUAACGAUGGAAGCUGCCAGUUUUAGCAUCUGUUAGCAUGUCUUGAGCAGACUUCAGGAGGCGGAGUUUGAGCAUCCUGUUUUUGUUCGCUGCACUUUACCUGUUUAACCAAGUUUAAUGAAUAAAUGCUGUCCUAACACA